AUGUCUGGUUACAAGUUGUUCUACUUUCCGGGCCGCGUUGGAGGAGAAAAAUGUCGACUUGCAUUUGCGGCUGCAAAGAUUGACUACGAGGACAAUCGAUUGGCAGACGAAGAAUGGGCAAAAGAGAAAGCGUGUAAGUAACAUAAACGUUCACCAGAUUGCUUAAAAAGCGCGCGACGGUUAUCUGUCGAUUCUUUUUAAUUCUAUGAUCUUAAAUAGCUGUUUAAAACGGAAUGCGAUCAAAGCCGACGGCAAAUACGCGUACAUUCGCUUGAUUUUCGAUUGGGUUUAAAGAUUUUAAUGAUGUGCGCUUCGCGAAUGCUGGAUUGGUAACUGAUUGAACUAAAAUUGCUUAGUCAGGCUGACAACUGUGCUCACUCUUUUUAAUGGUUUCCGCCGACCACAAGUAGUAUCAUUGAUUUUUUUAUUAUUAUUAUUAUUAUUAUUAUCAUUAUUAAUCACUCUGACAAGUGUGCUCACUCUUUUUAAUGGUUUCCGCCGACCACAAGUGGUAUCAUUGAUUUUAUUAUUAUUAUUAUUAAUCACGCUGACAAGUGUGCUCACUCUUUUUAAUGGUUUCCGCCAACCACAAGUGGUAUCAUUGAUUUUAUUAUUAUUAAUAUUAGUCGCGCUGACAAGUGUGCUCACUCUUUUUAAUGGUUUCCGCCGACCACAAGUGGAUUCAUUGGUUUUAUUGUUAUUAUUGUUGUUAUUAUUAUUAUUAUUAUUAUUAUUAUUAUUAUUAUUAUUAUUAUUAUUAUUAUUAACCCUACGUUUUUUAGGUUUCGUAGACUGCUACGAAAGGAAGUUGGUCUUUAAGUAAUAAGAGAUACAUUUUUUAAAUCGACGAGCUCCUGUAAUCUACAUUUCUUAUAGUUUCUGUGGCGGGAAAGUUACUCGUUUUCCGGGAAGGAGCCUGGCUUUGUAUGUAAAAUAAUUUCAAAUUACAAUUCAAAUAUUCUCCUGGUUUUUUAAUACUUUACCCGGUUGGUAUUGUAACUUUGAACCUUCUGAUUGUAUUCUCAUCGCAUGAACUGAACGAUCAGAAUAUAACGCGGAAACGCCAAUUUUGUUCUCAAUAGGCCCUCCAAGAAAUUACAUUUUCAAGUGACGGCGAUGAUCGAAUGGCGGCAAAAAUUAAAACUCAAAGAAAUCCGUAGGGCUUCCAACAAAACCCUCAAAAAUCCCUGGACCCAAAACUUAACCCCUCCAAGAACCAAGAACAUCUUCUGUUUUAACAGUGACAUAUUGUACAGAAAAACAACUUCAGAUAGUUUUGAACACCCCUUAAAAUCCAUACUUAAAUCAAGCCACCCAAAAAACUACUUGCUAAUUUCAGGAGCGCAUGCCAAAUUGGCUUUCUCAAAAAAUCCCAGAAUCAAAAAUCUCAACCCCCCCAAAAUUCCUUCGAUCACCCCCGCCACUUAAAAUCAGGAGUACCCCCCUCCUCCCCGCCCGAACGUUCAACGCUUUCCUUCCUCGAUGUGGGCGCUUUUGUAGCGAAGGAACUGGUGACGAAGCCCUAUAAGUUUGGCACGGUGAGGGAAGCGCACGCACGCGCAAGCGUCGAACGCGAACGCAACAAACAAGGGUCCGUCAAGUGCGUGGUCAUUUUGGCGUUACGCUCGACGGAAGAGGAAAAAAGAGAUUGCUUGUUGUCUAGGGUUUGGCCAAAUGAUCGUGAAACUCUGAUGCGGCUCUCCUUUUUUUUUUUCUUUUUUUUUUUUAAUAGUCGUUUAUUUACAAAACACAUGUUACAGUUACGAAUGUUAAAACUAAAAGAAAGUAUAUAACAGUAUUACAGAUUGGACCAAAAGUACAUAAAAACGAAAAAGAAUAAUACAGCAGUUCACACAAUUACAUUACACCUGUUAAUUAACAGAUUAUUCCGCUAAGUUGGAUUCUUACUAACUAAUUGAAGGAGGGGGUUUUUCGAAAUCAUACAAUCAUACCUCCUACUGAUUUUGGCCUUUGGCGGCUAUCCUAUAUAUGCCAAAACUAAAAAAAAAAUAAGCAAAUUCGAAUUUUGGGCGCGUUCCUUUGCAGUCCUUUGUGGUUAAUAUUGGUACUCUAUGAAAGAGACAAGAAGACUUCCUGGUUUAGUGACAUAUUCACAUAUAAACAAAUGGUGCAUUUACAGCAGUUCGCAAAAGAUGCAGGGGUACCAUUUAUCAAUUGAAAGGAAUACCUUUUCUCUCAAAAAUAGUCCAUGUAUGGAUGAGGUGUUGGACCUCAGAUUGGAGCCCCCCCGUAUAAGACUUCACUGAAUGCCCCCCCCUUCCCUCCCCUUCCCCUUAUUUAGCAUAACAAAGGCGGCCACUAACUUCUCCUAAGAAGAGACCCCUACGUACUACUACUUUUCUGUUUCAGCUGGUAGAUCACCUUUCGGUCAAAUGCCAUUCAUUGUGACUCCUGAAGGAAAAACCCUGGGACAGUCUGUUACAGUCAUGAAGUACAUCUGCAAAAUAGGAGGUGAUGUAUUGAACGUAAUUUGUUAAUC